AUGGACACCGACCAAGCAGUCCCGAAGAUAUCGACGCUCCCUACUCCGGAUGCGAACUGGCAAAUCACUCUCAAAGACAAAGUCAUCGCCAUCACAGGAGCCAACCGCGGCAUCGGUCUCGGAAUCGCAGAAGUAUGCCUCGCCAACUCCGCCAAAGUGGUCUACUCGCUCGAUCUCAUGGAUCCCUCCGAAGACUUCGAAGCACUUUCCAAGGCGAACCCGGGUCGCUUCAAGUACAAGCGAAUGGAUGUGACCGACGAAGAGAGCGUCAAGAAAGCAAUCGACGACAUUGUUUCCAGAGAAGGCGCUAUCCACGGCAUGAUCGCCAACGCCGGCAUGACCAAGCAUCAACCCGCAUUAGACUUCACAAUGGCACAGGUUCGCCAGCUCUUUGAGUUGAACGUCUUCGGUGCAUGGAACUGCGCUACCGCUGCUGCUAGGAAGUUCAUUGAAUUGGGUAUCAAGGGCUCCAUUGUUUUCACCGCUUCCAUGACUUCGUAUCGUCCGAACCGGGCGGGUCCUUCGGCGCCGUACGGAGGUACGAAGGCUGCUUUGAGGAACAUGACGCAUACUUUGGCGAUGGAAUGGGCGGAGCAUGGCAUCCGGGUCAACAGUAUUUCUCCUGGAUUCGUGAGGACUGCGAUGACCCGCGCCAUCGAGGGAGCUCCGGACUUUGCUCUGAAGAUGCAGUACUACGGCGGUAUGCCUCGGAUGGCUCUUCCACAGGAGCUCGGUGGAGCGUACACAUAUUUGCUGUCCGACCAGGCGAGCUACACGACUGGCAUUGACAUUCCGAUUGCAGGUAUUGUCGGAGCGUGGUAG